CAUAAUGUCUGCCAUAAUAGUGGAUACGUCGUGGUCGCCGUGUACGGAAGCAAAUCAGUAGAAGCAGGAAUUCAAAGGCUCAGUGUUCUAUGCAAUAGUGAAUGUAGCAAAGAAAAAAGAAUAUACAUAUAUAUGUAUGUAUACAUAUAUGUACACAUAUAUCUAAGGAAAAAGAAAAGAAUGUACAAAAUGCACCAAAAGUAGUGAAAAGCUUUGAGGAAAUCGUCUUGUUUUUCUACAAAAUUUUGCACAAUUUUACGCGAAACCUUCAGAGAAUGUCUAAAAAAUGUAUGUAAAAUCGAAAACGAAAUAUGUAUGUUUAAAACGAAAAUCGUCACAAAGUGCUCGAAUAUAGAGCGGAAAAUAGUGUGAGCAAAAUUGCAUAAGGGAUUUUCAGUCAAAGCCAAAAAGGAAAGUGUGUCGGUGCAUGUACAAUAAGAGAAAUGCUUAAAGGAAGCCAAAUUAGAUGUGAAAGUUAAAAAAUAGUGUGAAUAAAUCUAUAAUACAACAAGAAGCUUUAAUAAAGUGAAAUUACAACGCCGAAAACUUGUAUACGUAAAUGUAUUUGUUGUAAUUUGUAGUGAUGCACUAUUGUGAUAAGAUUUUUCCCCAAUCCUAAGCACAAAAAGAAUAAAAAAAAAAUCAAUACAAAAAAAGCACAGACGAAAGUAUUACCCACAAUAAAAAGAAAAAAUAUAUAUACAUACAUAUAUAUUUAGUGUAGCAGUUACUUACUAGACUUUAACGGUAACUUUUUUACUAAUUGGUCACUCCGUGAAGAACGAAAACCGAUUUCCAAAUUCCUGUACAGAAAAGUAGUUUUCGACUUGUGUUCAUUUUUGGAAUUCGCUAAACUUUCGAAUAUGUUUUUGAGAAAAUUGUGAUUUUGGAGCAACUCCAGUGAGUUAAAAGACCAAAAAACCCACAACAAAAAGCGUAAAAGCAACCAUAAAACCACAACCCAAUCCCCGAAAGCACAAUCUAAAUCUCUAAGAAAAAAAUCAUCCUGUCAAAUCUUUGCUGCACUGCCAACUAAUUGCGAAAAAUGAUUUUAAACUCCAGAGAAUUUCCACAAAUCCGUGUACGUUAAAAGCAAAGGGAAAGUGAAGUCCAUACGUAAAACAGCUUAAAUCCAAAUCCUCUAAGUUCAAAAUAGCAACUGCAAAGCGUACACAGAACAAUGGGUGUGACGGUGUUGCACAGUAAAAUACGUGAAAAUUCGUUUUUAUUGCCACAAACAAUAUCGAACAGUCAAAUGCGUUUAAUAGUCGUAGCAAUUCAAUAAUUUAUCCUGAGAAUUUAAAUAAAUGAACUGUGAUUAUGAGUUCCACAAAAUCGCAAGUAGCAGUCGCUACAAAUAUUCCAAGUCUAUCAUCAUCAUCACAAACUCAAAAAGAGUACAGCACUGAAGAGUCUCUGGGUCGACAAAAUAGUUUUGGCAAUAACCGCAGAGGUAACAUGAAGGGUAAGCAUUUGACGCGCAGCCACGCCAUGCGUGAGGCCACAUCGCCACCGCGCACUCCAACACCUCGUGCCGAGCACGGACAGGUGUCACCGAACGGUCAAUCCUCUAACAAUUACCAGCAGCAGCAUCAUCAUCAAGCGCAGCAGCAACAGCAUAUGGAUGGCAAUGAAAAUGCACACUGUAAUAAUAGCAAUGGCAGCAAUAAUAAUAACAACAACAACAACAGCAACAAAUUGCAUGCACAAUCAAAUGUGGCGCGUGGCAAUUCACCGAUCAUCGAAGCGCCUGCCGUCAUAGUGACCAGCCAGCAUAGUCAGCAGCAGCAGCAACAGCAACAGCAACAACAACAACCGAACGUUGCGCUCUGCAAUGAAGCUGAGUUCCCCAAACUGACACCGCCGAAGUCGACUAAAGGUGGUCUCGGCGGUGGAGGCGCUGGCCAAAGAAACAGCAAUAAUAACAACAGCAACAACAAUAGCAAUAAUAGCAACGGUGUAACCGAUGGCAACAACAAACUGGAAUAUAACAACAAUAAUGGAAGAAAAAUUGCAAACAGCAAUGGCGGCGGCGGUGGGUGUGGCGGUGGCGCGACCAACUAUGAUUCAACCAAGAGUGCAGCCACAAAUAAUAAUAACAAUAGCAACAACAAACAUCAGCAAUACAAUGCAAGCAACGCACUGCAUCAGGCGCUGAGCGUUGGCGAGAGCGCGGCGCGUGGCGGUGGCAGCGGUGGUGGCGGCGGAGCUGGCGCAACGCUACACAAUUCCGGCAUGAACUAUCAGCUGAACGCCAACGACAGCCCACAGCAGUCGCAUCACCAGAUCGCCUACGACAAGGAAAAUCGUUGCCCACGCAAUGACAGCCAGAAUAGCAGCAUGUCGAAUAUGCACGAUGACGAUGCGCAACAACAGCAACAGCAACAUUAUGAGCGACAGGGUGGCGGUGGCAGCGGUGGAGGAGGCGGCAAGAAACACCGCACCAAUUCCAAUUCGAAAGGCAAUAAGCCGCGUUUGAAGAAUAUUGGUGGCUCCUCGUCGGGCAGCGUAGACGGUGGCAACUCGAUUAGCAACAAUACAUCGGGAUUCAUAUCAAGAGUUUUCAACAACUCAGAGAACUCGAGCGAGCAAUUCACAGAUCAUGGCGGCACCGAUUUGUUCAGUUUCUUCAAAGAGACGCUCAAUAAGCAUCCAAAGGAUCGGCAUUUCCUCCUGAAAGUGGAAAAGGAUCUAACCGAAUUCGUGUUGGAAAAAAGUCGCGGUGAGUUGCGCUUCCCACCGGCUUCAUCAUACAAUCGCAUGUUGAUACAUCGCACAGCGGCCUUCUUCGGCAUGGAACACAAUGUCGACACCGAAACGCAACAGUGCGUUAUUGUGGCAGCUACGAAGAACACGCGCAUACCAGAGAUACGCUUCAAGUCGCUGGUGCGCGAUCAUCGCGACGACUCACGCAAGUCAAUACUGAAGCGCGAUACGCACAGUUUCGAUGAGGCGCGUCAGAGUAGCUACUUGUGUCCGGAUCGCGGCAGCAUGCUUGACCGCAAAGCCAAGAGCUUCGAAGAGCGCGAGGAGGAUUAUGAGCGCGCGCGCAGUCGUAUUUUCAAUCGCAGCCAAAAUGACAACGGCGACGGCAUGGACGAUGGCUACAUGAAUGUCAGCUGGACGCAGUCAGUGGAACAACAACAGCAGCAGCAGCAGCAACAACAUCGUCCACGCCCCAAUGGCAAAAUGAUGAAGAUGCAAAAUUCAAACGAAUCACGUGAUGGUCGUUCCGGUGGCGGCGCAGUUCCCAAAUCACACAAUUACAAUAAUUACGGUGGUGGCUCGACACAAGGUGGUGGCCCACCCAUGAUGCGCGGUGACUCGGCGAACUCGGCCAAAAAUGGCGGCGGUGGCGCCCGUUGUUUCUCGAAGCAGGAUUCGGCUGGCAGCACAAACACGCCAUGGCGUUUGUCACCAUCCAGCAGCGGUUAUAAAACUCAAACACAAUCGUUGUAUUCCGAUUCGGUAACACCUUCACCAAAUGGUUAUUGUAGUGAGGAUCAAGCCGCGACGGAGCCGUACAUAUUGACAACGGACAGAAUGACCGUGUGUCAUCUGCAAUCACCAGUUCACCAUAUGCCGCCACACCUGCAUCUGCAGCCGACGCUAUUGUGCAGUGCUGGCGUUAUGCCGGCGCAUUGCGCUGACGCUGCGUUGGCGCCAACGCCGACGCCAUCCCUGGAGGACGGCAUGCCGCUACCCAGGCGCGGUCUGGUGUGGGCCGUCACCGACAUUUCAAGUGUGCCCAAGGGCAGCGUGCUAAUCAAUCCGCAAACAUUGCAACCUUUUGUUAACCAAGACGGUUCAAUUUAUCACUUUGACCCGUCCAAUCUGCCACCCAACCAACAGGGCACAUACCAUCCAAAUCAGGGCAACAACACCGCCAAUUAUGCACAACAACAAUCGCCACAACAGUUGUCACAACAACAACAUCAACAAGUGCAGGAUAGCACCACAAAGAAGAAUAAAAGCACACAACAAAUGUCCACGCCUUCGCCAGCAGAAUCGCCAGCAGCUACGCCAACACCCCAAACGCAGACGCAUUGCAAGAGCGUCGCCUGCAAUGAAAACGCCGCCACCGUACCGCUGGCAGAGUCUGUGGCUGAAUCCUCCACACAAACGGUAUCCAUGUGCGGCGACGUCAACUGCGACGGCAUUGACUUGGAUAUGGCGAUCAACGCCACCGAAGAAGCAUCCACGCAAUCGGGUGCUGAUGAAUGCGACAACAACUCGGCCACGGGUUGUUUGAGCAUCACCACCACAACUUCCACCAAAAGUUAUGACCGAAUCGAGGUACAAAAGUUCAAAAAUCAAGCCACCAGUCCGAAUAUACCAGCGGAAAAGGAUGAGCUGCCGAAGCGUGAGAAUGCAACAACUUUGGAUGCGCCAAGUGUUCGUGAACAGCAGCCGACAACGGUAACACAGCCACCAGCACAACCACCACCACCCAGUCAAACGCCAACAAGUAGUGUCAAUGUGCAGGUGCAACGCGAGACGCCACAAUCGGCGCGCUCAACACCCUUCAGUACCAGCGAGUCGACGCAAGCAAAAAAUCGCGCUUCCGAAGAAUCCAAGCCCACAACGUGGACAUACACGCAAAGCUACCAGGCACCCGAUGGUUCUACAGUCUUUCACACCACCACCACACCGAGUGGUACGCCGUACUGCACCACGACAUAUCAGCAAGGGCCUGAUGGUAGCGUUUAUGCCAUUCCACAAGGCAUGGUCUAUGCCUAUCCACCGCCAGUUGUAAGCCACGCCCCACAGAAACAGUUGAAAUGUCAAUUCAAUUCGUUGUCUGUUUUACAGGAGGGCGAAGUGCAGAGCUAUUUUAUGCCUGUAUUUGAUCCGAAUCAACCGCGCACCGAUGCCACCGGUCUCAUACCAGCUGGAGCACAGGCCAUAUAUCCGGCUGCAGCGGCAGCAGGCAGUACAGCUACAAUGGUACCCGUCGCAGCCGCUUAUCCAACCGCACAAUUCGCCACGGCCAAUGGUACGCCCAUCUAUCCGAGUCAAUUGAUUUAUUCGAGUGAUCAAUUUGUAACGGGCGCAGCUACAGUCGCUGCAGCAGCACCAGCGAAUGGUCAACUGCAACAGAUACCGAUGACCACCUAUCCAAUCGGACAUCCAUAUGCCUAUAAUAGCUACUGGGGUCAACCGAUGACAUACUACGUGCCACAGCAAGCGCUCACGAACGCUGUCGCAGCAACGCCACUCCUACCAGCACCACCACAGUCACAACCACCUACAACUGCAACCGCCCAACCCGUGGCAGGACCACACAUUACUAGCGGUAUCAACAUCGCGAAUGGCCUUGUAGCAGCCACGGCGGCGGCUGGACCGUCGUCGAACGCCACCGUUGGAGCUUUAGGCAGUGGCGGUAGCAAUGUUGGUGUUAGUGGCCAUCACGUUGUUAACACCACGGCGGCUACGAACAGCUAUCAAACACACAGCGGUACAACGUAUUUCGGUACGGGGCGUGUAAAGCGGCCGACAUCUUCACAUUACACCAAUCAUCAGAGCAGCGGUCAUCAGCUGGUAACGGCCGCCAUUCCAAGCAACGGCAGUGCAACUACCACAUAUCAAUUGGGACACGCAAUGCCCACACUCACGCUGGCGCCGGCACCAGGUAGUGCAGCAGCCGCAGCGGCAGCAGCAGCAGCAGCAGCAGUGAAUACAACAACCGAUCUCAACGUUGGCAAUGGAGCGGCUCCAGCCACAGCCAUGUAUACGCUGCCCCAACAUGCGGCCCUAUUGCAUGCGAAUAUCUUUCCCUAUGCGCCUGCCACUGCUGCUGCCGCCGCCGCUGCCGCUGCAGGUGUUGCGGCCGGCACACCAUCAGUACACGCACCUGGCGUUCCGCCAACGGCUGCGCCACAAAUAGCUGCAGCUAGCAUGGCUGGCGCAGCAGCUCAUGCACAACAAACAAAUGCUGUGAUCACCCCAUUCUAUGCUCAUCACCCGCCCAUUACAGCUGCCGCACAUCCCACGCACGGCAGCUCCACCGUACACACGCCUGGACCAGCUGCCAUACCGAUUGUCGACCCCAGCACACUGACGGCCAUCUCGCACCCAACACCAACCGGUGCAAACAGUUCAAACAACGUGACGCCCGCCUACAGUGGCGGCGGUAGCGCUUCACAGUCCGCGCCUAGCACUCCACAUUCUGUACCUACUCAAACUGCACAGCGCAAUCCGCCACUCUUCUCCACACCGCCCAUUAUGAACUCAAAUGGCGGUAACAACAACGGUGGCUACAGUGGCAGUUCCACACCGCAGUACUACACGGUCAGCGGUGGAGCAGAUGGUGGUACAACGCUUAUGAGCAGUCCACAUGGCCACUCAUAUGUGCAACACGAAAAGCGCAACAACAAUUCAAAUAUGAGUGGCAGCAAAAAACCGCCAGCGUAUCCAAGCAAUUCAUUGAGUCGCCAGAACUCAACGUCCUACAAUGGCACCGCCAAUGGCAAACCGCCUCUACUGGGCGGCAAUAACGAUACGCGUGCCUCACCAAAUAGCGGCUACCAAGGCUCACGUCCGCAUGGCAUGAAUAAGCGGGGUGGCGGCGGCGAUAAGCCACAAACGCCAUUGCUCAGCGGUCCACCCAGUUACGGCAGCGGACCAAGCAUGUCUGCCGUAAACAGCAACAACAACAGCGGCUACCACGUACACCACAGUAACUCGCCAUCUGAUGCCAAGCCACCAAUACGCUUGAAUGCAGGCGCAGCCACGUUCCGUCAGAAAGGUAGCGGUGGUGGUAUGUCCUAUGAAUACAGGCGCAGCGCUUCACAACGUAACUCGCCAGGCACUGGCAACUCCAGCAGCAACGACAAUAGCAACAAUACAUCGCCGAAUAGUAUAGUCGGUUCGAGUGGCGGUGGUGGGGCCAACACACCCAAUUGCUAUGCCGCCACAGCAGCGAGCGGCUACAUAAACACUGGCAUCGGCAUAGCCAACAGCGGUAUGGUCGGUGGUGGUGAUCAUCAGACAGUUGCAACCGCAACCGGCACACCAUUGUACAUUACACCAGCGCGUGGCGCACACAUUCCACCACAACUGCAACACGGCGGUAUGGUGGCGGCCGCCGCUGCUGCUGGCGGCACGGCAGCCGGUCUCGCGGGCACUCAACAAGCCACGACAGCCGCGGUGUUAGGUGGUGCUGCAGCGGCGGAGGUGGCGAAUGCGGCUGCUGCCGCCGUGGCGGCGACUGUCGCGCAUCACCAGCCGCUAUUGAGCGCUUAUCAACCGGGUGCAUCGGGUGUCUACAUCAAAUACGGUCAAACCUAUUAUGCGCAUCCCUCAGUUGCCCUACCGAACAGUCGCCGAUCGCCCUCGACCGAGUUGCGGCCUGCAAUGGCGCCCGUAGCUGGCAUGUAUCCAACCAUGAUGAUACCAGCUGCUCCACGGCACACGCAAGGACGUCAUCCCAAUCCCAACUACAAAGGCAACCGGCCACGCUAGACACUGCGCUGAAUGCAAGACACUAUCCACAACAACAGCAAAACCACAAAUUCAGUGCAAGCAUGAGGACCAACGCUGCAAGCUGCUGAACUGGAGGGAUAUAUGAAAACGAUGACGCUAUACCAAAACCUAAAACUAAGUUUAAGCUAAAAAAAGUACCCUAACCUAGUAAAACAUAUGCGUAGAUAAACAAUAAUUUAAACAUAAAUGAGCGUAUUAGUGAAAAACAAAGACAUAAGGCAGAGUAAUAUACAUACAGUAGCAGCAAAUAAGAAAGAAAGGCAACAACAAGAUGAAGAAAGAUAGCUGCAAUAAGACAGGAAAGCGAAAUUUUGAAAAAUAUUUUCCGGGCCAUUUUACAAAAAUUAAACAAAGCAAAUCGAAAACAAUCACAUACACAAUUUUGGCAUACAUAUACAAGGAGGAAAUUUUCGAGAAAAAAGAACACAAAAAGACAAACUUCAACAGCCAAUAGCCAAUUCAAAAGCAUUGCAUCAUACAAACUAAGAAUCUUCCACAAGCAUAACGGUGAAGAAUUCGAAAUGGAGUACAUCGUAUACUGAAAUAUGUCGUGCCAUUGCUGAAAGAUGCAAAAAUAUAAAAUUAAAUACAUACAUACAUACAAGCAAAAACGAAUACAAGGUAAAAACACGAAACCAUAGCUAAAAACAAAAACAAAAAGUGAAAAUGACACACAUAAAAAGAGACUGACUGACUUGAGUUGCAAAUUGGCAGUGCGCGCUUGAACGAGGGGAGUGUGUAUGGGGGAUAAAUUAAUAAUUAAAAAUUCAUGCCUAUGAUUUUCAAAAUUAAAAAAAUAUUUAUUUUUUUUUUUAACUGUUUUUUGUGUUUUUGUUUUAUUUUUAUAUAAAUGAAUUAAAAUUAAUUAUUUUUAUGUUUAUUAUAAAAAAUUUUGUUAAAUUCCAAAGUAAAAUUUAAGUUUUCACGCAGCAUGUCCUUAAAAAAUAAACAAAACUGAAUUAAAAUUGCUUGAAUUUAAAGUUCUUGAAGUGGUACUAAACGCACAUUUCCCGAACGCAUCCAAUAGACGAAGACUACCGAGUGCGCAUGCACUGAAACGAAAUUUGAACGACGCCAAUUCAACCGCAGCAGUCAGUCAAACAGUCAGUGUCUUUUUAAACAAUAUAUGUAUAUUCAUUUAUAUAUGUAUAUACAUAUAUAUAUAUAUAUAAAUAUAAUUACACGAUAAAGUAAUAAUAAUUUUAUAGUAUGUAAACAAUUUUACUAUACAUAAUAAUAAUAAUAAUAAUAAUAAUCCUAAAGGUAGACUAACAUAAAAGAAGAAGAAGAAGGAGCUGUGUAAACACCUAGUAAAUAAUGAAAGACGAAAACGUGUACUAAAUUAAACUUAAAACGAAGCAAAAACCUGUAAUACAUAAAUCUAAAUUCAUAGAGCAUAAACGUACGUAUGUGAAUCGGCUGACUACAACUCUUACACACACACAUUCACAGUUUUCUACAACAGACACAAACAAAUCAAAAUCGAAACUUUCAAUUAAAAACCAAUGAACUAAACGAGGAAAAUGCUAAAAAAAAUUCUCCACCAAAACUACAGCGCAAUACAGGGUGCAUGCGUAGGCUUCAUAAGUAAUGCGUAGGCGUUGCCUGUGUAACGGUUUGUAAGUUGUACGAAAGCUUUAAUAAAUGUACAGUAAACGCGUUGAGAACAAUAAAUUCUAUUCAAAAGAAAAUUACUAGCUUAUAGAUUGUUUUCUAACUAAAAUAUAUUAUUAUUAAGAAUUUUACACAUCUGGCAAAUGGGAAACGAAAAAAGUAAACUUUGAAAGUUUUAUUCAUUAUUAUAAAUGUAUGCGAAUUCUAAAAAUGUUUCAUAGUUUCGAAAACAAAAAGUGAUAGACUAUAUUUAGAAUAACUGCCGCCCGCAUGGGUAACGCCUGCCUAAAUUUAAACGCCCGAAAGUGCGCUGCGGUUGAGGAAGUAAUAUUUUUUUGUUGUUUUUUUUUUCUUUUUAAGUUUUUAAUUUUUUUAAGUAUAAAUGAAAUUUUCGAUUGACUGCCUGUGUAGAAAUUCUUUAGUUUAACAAGCACAGUUGGCAACACAGACACCAAUAGCUCCAAACCGACUGCUGACGAAAUUCGCAUACCGAUUGGCAUACCGACAGCUACACAUACUCGUAUAGUUUACCAUAUAAGCUAUAUACUUUAUUUAUAUUAAUUAAAAUUACAUAUAAAUAAUUAUUUAAUAAUAUAAACAUACAUAUAUACGCAAGUAUAUAAAAAAAAAGCAACAAAAACACAAUGAAAGUCCAAUAUUAGUGAAUAUGUUAUUAUUAUUUAUGUUUAUUGCUAUGAAAUUUAUUUAAAUAAACUAUUAAUAUUGGAAAACAAAUACACACACUUGAUAAUUAAAUUAAUGAAUUAAAUUAUAGCAAAAUGUGAGAAAGUUGAAAAUUCGCUUGCAUACUUUUAGGUAGUUUCGAAACAAUUGACAUUUUCUACACUUAAUCAGGUUGUUUUACUGCGUUACAUACUAUCUAAAUUGAGGCAAUCAGGAAAAAUUUGGCGUGGCACGCGUGAGUUGUAAUUUAUUUCUGGUGUUCUGGCGAUUUGAAAACAAUUAAUGCUUAAUUUAUUGAUUUCAUAAUGUUUCCACUCGAGAAAUUUUACAUUUUCUCCCACUUUGAUUGAAAUAUCUAUGUAUAUGUAAAUUUUCACUAAUAUUUUUAUGACAUAUAUAGUUCAGUUUCUUCAAAUUCCGAAACCCACAUUCUGAAAUCACGGUUUUAAUUAAAAAACAUUCAUAAUUUUAAAAAAUUACAAAAAAAAAUAAGUUUCAAAUAUAUUUAAUUUCAAUAUUCGAAAUCGAUAAUUUUUCAAACAGUUGUUGUUUUCUUAAAUACGUAAACAUUUAUCAUUAAUUUCCUUUCGUAAUUCAAAAUUAUCAAAUUAUUACACUUUGUGUUUUAUUUUUUGCAUUUUUAAUGUACUGAAAGCAAUGGAUUUUUCUCAGGUGAAAGAAAAGAACAAACAAUCAUGAGAAAAUGUUGUGAAUUCUCAUCAUUUAAGAAAGUUAAAAAAACCAACAUUAUUUUUUGAAAACUAGUUUUCAAGAAGAGUUUCGAAAUACAAAGAGCUUAAUAUAGCUUCCAUAUAAAUUUUAUUACCAUAAAAAACUGAACAAGUUUUUUCUUACACAAUUUUACUUAAUGAAAUUUUACUGGCAGACCUAUACCAAGAGUUGCUAUCCUUAAAAAUUAAUAUUUUUCAGUAAUUUGUUAACCUUAAUAUUAGGUUUGCAAAUAAUGCAACGAAAAAAAAUUUAAUUAACAUUUACAUUAUUUAUUUUUUUUUAUUUUAUAAUCCCUAAAAUAUUAAGUAAUAAUAAUUUUCAGAUUUGUAAUUCCAAAUGACAAGUUGAAAAAAUAAAAACAAAUUUUUGUCACAAAUACUGAAUUGAAAAAAUUAAAAGUAAAAACUAAUGUUAAUCCCAAGUUUAUAAUUAAGAAUUAAAAAUUAUUUUUGAAUUUAUAUAUUUUCAUGUGCUACGAUUUUCAAUAAUCUGGAGCAGUGGUCGGCAAGCUUAUACAUUCAAACGAUUUACAUUUUAUCGAUUUUUAUACUCUCGCAACAAAGUUGCUAAGGAGAGUAUUAUAGUUUUGUUCACAUAACGGUUGUUUGUAAGUCCUAAAACUAAAAGAGUCAGAUAUAGGGUUAUAUAUACCAAAGUGAUCAGGGCGACGAGUAGAGUCGAAAUCCGGAUGUCUGUCUGUCCGUCCGUCCGUACACGUACGUUGGUACACGUAUUCCUUGGCUCCAUAAGAAGGUUAAGUUCGAAGAUGGGCAAAAUCGGCCCACUGCCACGCCCACAAAAUGGCGGAAACCGAAAACUUAUAAAGUGUCAUAACUAAGCCAUAAAUAAAGAUAUUAAAGUGAAAUUUGGCACAAAGGAUCGCAUUAGGGAGGGACAUAUUUUGAAGUAAUUUUUUUGGAAAAGUGGGCGUGGCCCCGCCCCCUACUAAGUUUUUUGUGCAUAUCUCGGAAACUAUUAUAGAUAUGUCAACCAAACUCUACAGAGUCGUUUUCUUCAAGUAUUUCCAUAUACAGUUCAAAAAUGGAAGAAAUCGGAUAAUAACCACGCCCACCUCCCAUACAAAGGUUAUGUUCAAAAUCACUAAAAGUGCGUUAACCGACUAACAAAAAACGUCAGAAACACUAAAUUUUACGGAAGAAGUGGCAGAAGGAAGCUGCACCCAGGCUUUUUUUAAAAAUUGAAAAUGGGCGUGGCGCCGCCCACUUAUGGACCAAGAACCAUAUCUCAGGAGCUACUAGACCGAUUUCAAUGAAAUUCGGUAUAUAAUGUUUUCUUAACACCCUGAUGACAUGUACGAAAUAUGGCUGAAAUCGGUUCACAACCACGCCUUCUUCCAAUAUAAAGCUAUUUUGAAUUCCAUCUGAUGCCUUCUUUGUAUAAUACGAGUAUAAACAUUAGGAACCAAUGAUGAUAGCGGAAUAAAACUUUACAAAAAUACGGUAUUUAAAAAAUAUGUAAAUGACGUAUUAUGAAAUCUCGAUUAUCACUUUACCAUGCGAGAGUAUAAAAUGUUCGGUGACACCCGAACUUAGCCCUUCCUUACUUGUUAAUUCUAAUAUUGGUUUGAAAGUUUAAAUAUUUCAAUUUUUAAUUCCGAUAUUGCAAUUAAAAAUGAAAUUUUAAUAUUAAAACCCCACAUUUUGAAAUACUUUGACAAAAAAAUUUGGAUUAAAAAAUAUUUUUCAAUUUUCAGUUCUGAUUCGGAAUUGAAAAUUAAAUUUUCAAAUUCUAAACAUUAAGUUUUAAUUUUUUAAUUCCGAUUCUGCAAUUAAAUUAAAAACUGCAUUUUCAAAUCUCAAAUCGGUAUUGAGAACAUAGAUUUUAAAAAUUUCGUAGUUAAAAUAAUCAUUACCCUAAUUAAUAUACAUAUGUAUGUAUAUAAAAACUUCGUGAAUUAUCAACAGUGUGAACUAAUUAAAAAAAUUUAGAAAUUUUCAAUUUUUUAGAAUGCUAAAAAUUUUUUAAGCGUUAUAAUUUAUCGUCAUAUGUGCAGAUGUAUGUAUGUUUCAGUUUUAUUUGAAAUAUAUGAGAUUUAUAAUAAAUUAAUUGAAAAACUAAAUCCAAAUUCGGCUUGCUAAUUUAAGUAAACCUAAUUUUUGCUCAGUUUUAAUGCUUGAACCGAAAACAAUCUGAGCUGAUAUUUCUUUUCUUAGUUCCAACGAUUUAAUAAAUUUUACUUUCAUUUACAUCCUUGUUUGUCCUUCGCACAAACAAUGGUCUCAUGGUUUUCUGAAACCUGGCAUGGAUUGAACGCUUGUUUGAAGCAACACGCAUACCAAAUCCUCCAUAAAUCAGUGUAUAAUGUAUGUAUGUAUGCAUUGUACAUAAUAUUUGUAUGUCUAAAUGUAAAUACAAUAAUUUACAUACUCGUACAGUUAUCUACAAGCCAAGUACAUAUGUAGUAUAUGUUAAUAAAUAAAUAGCAAAAAUGUAUGUAUGUACAAUAUUAAGUGGAAACAACGCGAAAUGCAUGGAAAGUAUACAAGAGCACACUAGUGGAACGCAUUCACAUAGCCAGAAAUACAAAACUAAAAAACUAUGAUAUAUCAAUUAUUAAUGUCAUACGAACAAAAGCAACAAAAAGAAAAUUCCAUAAUGAUUUUAACUCUUAUAUGAAAAUUGUAGGAUAGAACAUAAUACCGCAUACAUAUGGGAAGUCAAUAAAUCACAUGUGAAACGUAAGCUUACCGAAUUUCUAACUAACGAACAAUACAUAACAGUACACAUAUUUUUCUCCAUAAUCUUCAAUUAUCUACUGUAACUUCUACUUCUAAACAAUUUACGAUUCUUAUGACAAUUUGCCAUGCAAACUACGAGCAAUACAAAAAUUAGCAACAGCAAACCGUUAAUGAGUAAGUGUGAGAGAGAGAGAGAGAAAGAGAAUAAAACCGAAUCGAAUCAAAAUGCAACCAUAGCCAAUUUUAAGUUGCCGUUAAACCGUUAAAACAAUAACUAAACCGAUAGUGGCAGUGAAAAAGAUGAAGAUAUCACAAAUUAUAGGGAUCUUAUGCCUUCGACACCCUGAGGGCCUUUCACAAAGUAACCAAACAAAAAACUGCCUAUCCACACAGAAUCGAUGGAUGCCAACUGAAGUUUCAAUAAAAUGGCAGUGAUUGUUACACACUCACAUACACACACAUACAAAUAUCGACAUACACGCACACAUACAUGAGUGCGUGUGCCUGCGUGUCUCUAUGUAUGUGUGACUCGGCGUCAAGUUACUACUGAAUACUCAAAUCGAAAUAAAUACUCCAUACUGUUAGCACUUUUCUGUUUUUGUUCUCGUUAACUAUCUCAAAUUUUCUGUUAAUUAAUUAACCUUGCUAUCUACCUAAGAAGAAUUAAAUAAACCUAAAUAUUGUAGUUAUUGAAUAAGUUAUUAAGUGAUUGAUGAAUGUAUGUAUGUAUAUGUAGAUGGAUGAUUAGUGGACAUGCUGGAAAUAGGGAAGAAGUGAUGAAGCAAGGAAGCAACUAAAAGAAAAGUGAAAAAGCGGACGGAAAAAAGUACUAUAAAUAAAUUAGUAUCAAGGCAAAAGCAAGUUGAGGGAGCAACGGGUGGACUUAUACACACAUAUACAUAUGAGUACAUAUUUACGUAUAUAAGAACCUAAAUCAAGUAUAUACACACAAUUACAUAACUGCAAUACUCGUAUACUUAAAACUAAGAAGAGCCGCAAAAAUGAUCGGUGCGAAAUCAUGAUGAAAUACAAGAAAACUAAUGUGAGAAAUAAAGGGAAUCAUCUCAUUGGAGCAUAAUGAGAAAAAACUUAAUAACAGUAUAUGGAAAUAAUAUAAAAUACAAAUAAUAAUGAUAGUGAAGAAGUAUGCAAUUAAAGCUAUUCAUAAUGCAAACAAAAACAAAACAACACAACAACUUAUAAUGACAAUUAAUUAUAAAAAGGUAAAAAUGAUUACACAAAGAAAUAAAAAGCAAAAAAAAAAUAUAUAUAUAUCUAAAAAAUAUUGAAUAUAAUGUAAUUAUUUAUUUUAAUUUAUAUACACUAGAGAGAUAAAAAUAUAUAUACAUAUUAAUUAAGUGAA